AAAAGACAUGUUUCUGGCAUACCGGAUUCAGGCUUGCUCCAUGCUGAUCCAAGAACAUGUUUACAUGACUGGCAUAGUUGGGGCUGCCAUGAAAAACAAGGUUUCUUACAACUUCAAGAUGAAAAUUGAUAAACUGACAGGGGAUCCUGUCAACACGCAUUGUGAGUGUCCAGCAGGUAAAGGACCCCAUGGUACUUGUAAACACCUUGCUGCAGUACUGCUGAUGUUGCAGCAUUUCAUUAACACUGGUGAGAUACAAGUGGAGAAGUCAUGUACAGAAAGCCUGCAAACAUUCCAUAAACCAAAGUUUACCCACAAAGGUGCCCCUGUAGCUGCUGAGGAGUUGCCAUCUAAAAGGAAAACCGGGGAUGAUUUUCUUGAGGACCCAAGACCUCAGAAGUAUCGCAACACAGAAGGUUAUAAUGACUUUGUGAGAAACUGCAUCAUCAACCACUGUUCUGCAACAUCUCAAGAUGUUGCAAUGCGAUACCUUUAUAGAAGAGCAAACAUACAGGUAGCUGCACUGGACCAUGAUUAUACACCCCUUCCAUUUACUGAAUACUGGGUGGAUUCAGCUGUUCAGGUCACAGAAACGCAGGUUUCCAUUAUUGAGGAGACCACAAGGAGCCAGUCAUCCUCCAAAAUCUGGUACAAGGAGAGGGCAUGGCGACUGACAGCAUCCAGAUUUGGAGAGGUGUGUAAAAUGACACACAGGAGAAAUAUUCAGAAACUCUGUUCUUCUUUACUUAAUACAAACAAAACCUAUUCAGAAGGGAUGUCACAUGGAAAAAACUAUGAAGCUAAAGCUAUGGCAGCUUUUGAGAAAAAAAUGCAAAUCAAAACAAAAAAAGCUGGAUUUUUCAUAUAUGUACAAAAACCAUUCUUGGGUGCAACACCUGAUGCUAUCAUUGACCACAACUAUAUUGUGGAAGUGAAAUGUCCAUACAAUGGUCGCAAUGAAAAAAUCAAACCUGGGAAAAAUUUUGGUUUCUUGAUGUACAAUGAACAGGGGAAAAUUGUCUUGAAAAACAACAGUAAUUACUUUUACCAAGUUCAAGGUCAGCUUUUUAUUACAAAAAGACAAUUUUGCUUUUUUGUUGUAUACACUUUUUGUGACUUGUUUGUGCAGAAGAUAGAACUUGAACAUGAUUAUUGUUACAAUUCAAUGAUUCCAAAAUUAGAAUUGUUCUAUUCCAAAUACUUCAGACCUUUCAUUGCAUCAACUCUUUGAACUUGGUAUGUAUAUUGUAGCCAUGUACACACACAGGAUAAGUUGUGAUAACAUCAUAUCUGAGCUGUAGUAUACAGAAUCAUGCAUAUUUGUCAACAAUACAGUUUCUAAAAUUUGAGAUUGCAAAGCAUACAAAAACAAUACGUGAUCCCAACUGCAACUUACUUUGAGGCAGUUCUUUUUUCAAAAUUUUGAAGCCUUUACUUAAACCAAUGAUACGCUCAAUAUGUAUACGCUUUGAUGCUACUCUUCUGUCAUGAACAACUUCCUCAGGAUCUAGCUGUGAUUUUCCUUUCAGCAUUGUUGGUGUAUUUACAUAUACAUCAUUAGUAGCAAAGAGGUCCUGAACCAUUAUCCCACGAUCAGCCAUUAUACUGUCACCUUUAUCAAACACACUUUCGUUUAGUAAUGAAGAAUUUUCAAUAAUUUGCCUGUCACUUGCAGACCCGCCAUAAGCGUCAGAUACAAAGCUUACAACACCUCUUGGUGUACAACCUAUCAUUGCUUUGAGCGUAUUUUUAUGCUUGUAUGACGACCAAGUUGCACUCUGUGCAUUAACAUCUGAUGGUUUUUGAAUUGGUAAUUCAGUGGCAUCUAAAAUUACUCUAGUGUUUGGAAAUUUCCUAUGAAAAUCUGAAGGCAUAUAUUCUUUAAUAAUUUCCUUUGAAGGCCAAAUGUCUAACUCUUUAAGUUGAAAAUAUAAAAAAUUGAUCCAGGUAACAACUAUUCUUGAUACUGUGGAUUCAGAUACUUUGAAAAACAAGGACAAUUCAACAUCCUCUUUUGCUUGACGAAGUUUCAUGAGGACCAUAAACAACUGGUCUCUAGGAUCUAACAAGGAACCUUGGUGACAGAGCUCAUUGACACAGGGACCAAGACAUUGAUAAAAUAGCAUAAACUGAGCAAAAUCAACAAAACCUGUAUAAUAGUUCAUCAUUUUAGCAUUACUACGAAAAAAAUCAACCGAAAAUUUUCCAAGUGAAUUGAUUUCACAUUGUGUACUCUGAGUAUACGUAGAUG